AUGUGGUGUUGUCAAUACAUAUUUUGCAUAAUAGUCCAUUUCGUUGCUACUACUGAAAAAAUACCAUGUGGCCAAAAUUUAAUUGUAUUUAUCAUAGAUGGAUAUGGAAGAGCAUUAUUGAAUCAAUCAAAUAUCGGCUUUCGAUUGCUAACUCAAAAUGGUGUAUACAGCGAAUUUUUAAAACCUGUUUAUCCAACUCAUGAUUAUCCAAAUUGGAUGAGUCUUGUAACAGGUUUGUAUGCAGAAAAUCAUGGUUUUGGUGCUAAUUAUAUGUGGGAUAGGGCUAAGAAUAGACGAUUUUGGAAAGGUGAAACAAAUCGUGUUGGUGAUAGCUGGUGGCCUGAUGGUGUGGUACCAGCAUGGUAUACUACGGGUAAAUCAAACGUUGAUGUGCACUGCUACUGGAUGCCAGGAUGUGAUCUUCCAUAUCAGGAUAUGAUUGUGCAGGUACCACAAGAGCGUAAGUAUAAUGCUUCAUUACCAGAACAAACUAAUGCACUGAUGAGUUAUUUUCCGGAAAUAAUCGAACGAAUUACCAAAUAUCAAUCAUAUAAGCAACAAUUUUUUUUACUUCGAUAUGGUGGUGUACAGGCAGCAUUGGAAACAUUUGGGCUGCAUAGUGAUGAGUUAAAGCAAGCUCUUAUUAACGUUGAUUUGAGUCUUCUUUUGUUACAGCAAAAACUUGAAGCAGCGAAGCUUUUUGAAUCCACAAAUUUGAUGGUAAUUUCAACACAUGGCCUGUAUACGGUGGAACAAGAAGAGCAAUUUUUCAUUGAAGAAUGUCUAACAGAUUAUUCAAAAAUUCAAAAAGUCGUUAAUCAUCAUGCAAUGAUGAUGAUUUUUACAAAUCCGGAUGAGGCUAAUGAAGUAUUUUUUGAGUUGAAAUUGUGCGAUCAAUGGGCACCGAUGGGUGAUUAUGAUGAAAAUGAACAACCACUUGUAUCAGUUUAUCAAACUACCGAAUUACCGGAUCGUUUCCAUUGGAAAAAUUUUCAAUAUAUGCCAGAAAUUGUAUUAAUCACUCGACUAGGUGCAACUGUCUUAACGCGUGAAUUACCCUCUCUACCACCGCAUGACGAACAAGAAAAAGACAUUCUAUUAACUGGUGGUUGGGAUAAUGAAAAUUUCGAUAUGCAUGGCAUUUUUUUUGCUCGAGGACCUGCCUUUAAAGAAGAUUAUGAAGCCUCAGAUAUCAGUGUAGUUGACAUCUAUCAGGUAAUGAUGAAUAUAUUUGGGAUCGAGCCGCCACAUCGACAUAAUGGUACAUGGUCUAAUGUCGAAGAUUUCCUAAGCAGCGGUUGGGAAACUCGAUCAGUUCCCGAGAAUAUGAGGGCAUUUACCGUAACCAAUUGUCAAAUAUCCUUAAUUGAUUCAGAAAUGCAGGAAGUUCAACAAACUCCGAGGAGUAUUGCUCAAAAGUCGGCAAGAUUUGCAAAUUUGCAAGACCGUUUCAUAAGUGAAUAUAUUACCACCACAGUGGUAGAUAAAUUGAAUGUUCCACCAUAA